GCCUCUCUGGCCCUGCAGUAAGCGGUGAGGGAAGUUGUUUUCUAGUGAACGUGGCUGUUCUCACGUUGUGGCAUCCAGAUUUUCGGUCCUCGCACAGGCCCUGUAUCCCCGCAUCCUACCAGCGCUGUUGCAUGCCUGACGGUGUUUCGAAUGUUACAGUGGAUUAAAAUCAAAUGUGUGAAAUUGGAGCCCACUCUUGAGGCAGAUGGAGAUGUCUGGGGCCUUUGCGAACCGGGAUUGUGAGCUUUUGUUUGAUUUCGGUGGAAUCCUGCUUAAAAGGACGGGUGAAUAUGUCAAACCUUUCACACCAGAGAAAGCAAAAGAAAUUAUCAUGUCUUUACAGCAACCUGCCGUCUUCUGUAAUAUGGUUUUUGAUUGGCCAGCACAACACUGGACUGCUGAGCACCUUUCCAAGGUCCUUAAUGGCAAGCAGAUACGAUUUAGGAUGGGAAUGAAAAGUACAGAUACAGUUCCUCAGUUUGAAACUUCAUGUAGUUACGUAGAAGCUACACUUGAAGAGUUUCUGACCUGGAACUGUGACCACUCUAGUACUUCUGGACCAUUUAUAGAUUAUGAUUAUUCCAAAUUCUGGGCUUAUGCUGACUAUAAAUAUGUUGUCAGUCUAUUUGAAGACAAGACAGAUAUUUUCCAGGAUGUGAUAUGGUCUGACUUCGGGUUUCGUGGAAGAAAUGGACGGGAAAGUACAUUGUGGAUUGGCUCCCUGGGGGCUCACACACCCUGUCAUCUGGAUUCAUAUGGUUGCAACUUGGUAUUCCAGGUGCAAGGAAGGAAAAGAUGGCAUCUCUUUCCCCCUGAGGAUACUCCUUUCCUUUAUCCAACUAGAAUCCCUUAUGAAGAAUCUAGUGUGUUUAGUAAAGUCAAUGUUGUCAAUCCUGAUGUAAAACGUUUUCCUCGGUUCCAGGAAGCUCGAAGACAUGUGGUUACACUGAGCCCAGGACAGGUUCUGUUUGUUCCCAGACACUGGUGGCAUUAUGUAGAAUCUGUUGAUCCUGUCACUGUCAGUAUAAACUCGUGGAUUGAAUUGGCUGAAUUGGAGUUGGAGCACAUGCCAAGGCAGAGUCCAUGGACUCCACUUCCACUCCCUGUACCAGUCACAUGUGCAGUAGCCCCAACAGAUGCCGCUUCUCCCAAGGAAGAGGACCACCAGGCUCGGGUAGAAGAGGCAAUCGCCCGCAUGCUUGUGUGCGCCCUGAAAACUGCGGAGGACCCACACAGCACCAGGGCUUGGUUAAACCCAACGGAGGUUGAGGAAACGUCCCAUGAAGUCAAUUGUCGCUACUUAAAUAGAGCUGUUUCUGCCUUUUUUGAUCAUUACAGAACAUCUAAGACAGAAAUCCAAGCACUCAGAACAAACGGAGAGCACAUGAAAAAGGAAGAAUUCAACAUGCACAACAACCUCAUGGAGGUAGAACAAACAGAUAGCCAGAACUUAACCUCGGGAACAGUAGGAGAGCAGGCAGCAUGUCCCUUUGGCCCUGAUCUGGUUCCCGUACUACCGAGUUCUGAAGAUCCACCCUCAGAAACAGGAGGCAUGUUUAAAAAUGAUGGUAAAGACUUUGUUGGCAAAGCUGGAGAGCACUUUGACAAAUUGCACUGUACCAAGAAGCAACGAAUGAUGAGCGGACGUGAGAAUGAAAUUGUGGAACAGGUUGCUUCAAAUAGUACUAUGGCCCCUUCCCAAACAUUCAUUUCUACAGAUGACUUACUGGACUGCUUGGUGAAUCCACAAGUAACCAAGAUAGUGGCACAACUUUUGAUACAAGGAAGAAGUUUGUGAUUGUAAUAGAAAAUGACUUUUUAAAUAUUUUAAACAUUUUUUAAAUAGUGUGAUAUUUAAGUAAAAGAUGAAACAAUGAAAAGCAGUUUGCACAGGCUUGUAUAUGUACUUGUUUUUGCCUAGUUAAAUUUCAGCCGCUUGCCACCUUCUUGCAUGUACAUUGCUCUUUGCCCAAACUGGCUCUUUGUUAUCUGUGAGGCCUUCUUUCUGAGCCUUUUUCUUUCCUCUCCCUUCCCAUCUCCUCAGCCUAUUUCAAAUGUAAGCCCCAAGUGUUCUCAACAGGAAAUGUCUCCAUCAGCCUUAAGAAGGGGUCAGCCUGCUGCCUGUUUUUGUAAUAAAGUUUUAUUGGAACACAGCCA